AUGACAAAGUACAGUGAUCAUAAUACCCGACAUGAUGCUAUUAAUAAUGCCCUUCAGACACUUAAGGGUACCCCAAGUAGAUUUAAAAUUCCAAGCACCAGAAGUAUUGCACGGGACUAUGAUAUUUCCGAAGCUACCCUUAGGCGUGCCAUCAAAAAUGAUGGUCCUCUUCCCCACCCAGGCUGUGCUAAAAUCCUAACCAACCAUGAAGAGGAACAGCUG